AAAGUGACUUGGAUGGAAACCUGAGGUUUCUAGUACAAACUUCAGGUUAUUCCCCCGAGGUCUUUAAGCUAUAAAGAAAGAGACGGAGGGCUAAGGAGAGAGGGAUUUUUUUUGGGUUUGGAGAGAGAGAGAGAGAGAUGUAUCACCAAGAACAGCCUCCUGUCGGUGCUCCUCCUCCUCAAGGGUACCCACCGAAAGAGGCAUAUCCACCGCCGGGGUAUCCGAUGCAAGGAUACCCUCCGCCGCAGGGGUACCCGGUGCAAGGCUACCCUCCGCCGCAGUAUUCUCAGGCUCCGCCGCCGAAGCAAGAAGUCGGCUUUCUCGAAGGCUGCUUGGCUGCGCUCUGCUGUUGCUGUCUGUUGGAUGCUUGCUUCUGACUUUGUCGGAGCAGAAGCCGUUGACCGUUUUGUCUGUUACGAUUCUAUUUAUAUGUGUCAGAAACACUUUUUAGUGUGCCUAGUUUAUAUGUAUUUUGUAUUGUAUUCAGAAUAUGGGGUUCCCCUUUUGUUACCUUGUCCAUCACUGGCUCGAACUAGACUUCUCUUCCAA